UUGUUUCAGAGCCUUUAAAAAGCACAUCUUUUGAGAAACGUUUGUAAUCAGUUCCUGGUGUGUAAAACAACUAAAACAGGAUUAAGGCCAAAGUGAUAGCUCUUUAGCUUUUCAAGCUAAACCGGAAGAGAAAAACAUGGCGGCGUCCUUCAAGACAGGCACCGGGAGCGUGAGGCUGCUGCGUGCCUUGGCUCAGUCCAGUUUGCUGUGCAGUUCUGGAAGCAGAGGGCUCCAUGCAACUGCAGUUUACUGCAAGAAUCAAGCUGCUCGUAUUCGAGUGGGCAAAGGUAACAAGCCGCUGACUUACGAACAGGCGUAUCAUCCUCAUCACAUCGCCCACUUUAAAGGAUGGCUGUCACAACACACCAGUAACCUGAGAGGAGAGGGGGGCGCGGCCGAGCGCACCGUGGAGGACGUCUUCAUCAGGAAGUUCAUGUUCGGGACCUUCCACGGCCUAUUGGCCGACGAGAUCGUCAUCAAAAGGCGCGGCAACAUGAUCAUCGUGUGCAGCUUUUUUCUGCAGAAGCUUAGCCCUCAGAAGAUGUACUUCCUGAUCGGAUACUCCGAGGUGCUGCUGUCGUACCUCUACAAAAGUCCCGUCAAGUUAGUGAUACAGACUUUGUCCAGUACAACUGUGUACAAGUACAUUUGAUGAUGUGUACUGCUAAUAUUUGCUGAAGCGUUAUCAGCUGAGCUGCAUUUAAAUGUAAUUUUAAUAAAAGAAGCAUUGAACAGUU